UGGCUCGGCGGUUGGUGUGGCGCCGAAGCCAGUGCCGGACCUAGGCCCAAUGACCACACAGGCGAGAGGAGCAUCUCUCCUCAUUCAAGCAAGGGUUCGUUUCGUUGGUUUCGUCGUCUUCGCUGGGAGCGCGCGCUAGGGUUAGCUGGAUUUCUUGCGGAGCGAUCUAGAUCUAGGCAUGAAUCGCGCUUCUUGUCCGGUGGAUUCGCCUAGAUCUGCCGGCGAUUGAUGCGCGGCGCGCGGGCUAUGGCGCGGAGGACAAGAAAUUCUCGACGGCUGCGCGGGCAUUGCUAGCUCCAGCGGCCGCGUAGAUUGGGCAUGGGAGGAGCUGGAAUCUUUGCCGCGUCGUCGCCGUCGUCGUCGCUGCGGCAUGGAUUACUGUGAUGGGAGCGGCUGCAGCAAGGGGAUGGAGAUGGCCUACCGUGAUCACGCAGGAUCCGAGAAUAGGGAUCAUCUCGCCAAUGGUCUGCGCCUUUCCUUGCAGCAUCCACAGAACGGGCGGCCCAAGAAUGGGAAGAAGAAUGGAUUCCACGACCGACCUAAGCGCGCCAGGUUGAAUGGCUACCAUCACACUAGCACCAGCAGCAGUGGAUUCGAGAAUGGAGAUCCUCUGGAAGACGAAGAACACGACGAGGAGCAAGAGCUUAUUCCAGGUUUGACGGACGAUCUAGCGCUGCUGUGCCUGGCGAGGCUGCCCAGAUCAACGUACUGGCAGUACUUCACAGUUAGCCGCAAGUUCUACGACAAGCUCAAGCGUGGAGAGAUUUACAAGGCCCGGCAGCAGCUGGGCAUCGUGGAGCAGUGGAUGUACAUUCUCAGCGAUGGCCACCAGCGAGUGUGGCGAGCUUUCAAUCCCCGGGAGAGGACAUGGCGGCAGCUCCAGUCCAUCCCGUCCGACUACGCAUUCGAGGUGAGCGACAAGGAGACUCUCACGGCCGGAACACAGCUGCUGGUGCGAGGCAUGGAGAUCAAAGGCUACGUGGUGUGGAUUUACGACCUGGUCCAGGACAAGUGGAUCAAAGGCCCGGAUAUGAUCCAGUCGAGGAGCUUAUACGCGUCGGCGAGCUGUGGAAACUAUGGUUUCGUGGCUGGCGGGACGAGCAUGGUUGGAACCGACAACCUCAAGAGCGCCGAGAGAUACAACUCGGUGGCCGGGACUUGGGAGCCACUCCCGGAUCUUAACAGGUGCCGGAGGCUUUGCUCGGGUUUCUACAUGGAUGGGAAGUUCUACGUGAUCGGUGGCAAGGAUGGACAGGAUCAGCUGACUUGCGGAGAGGAAUACGAUCCGGCUACCGGGACGUGGAGAUUGAUCCCAAACAUGUACUUUGGGACGAGCGAGCAGUCCCAGACGGCGCCGCCGCUGGUGGCGGUGGUGGACAACCAGCUCUACGCGCUGGACACGGCGCUCAACGAGCUCAAGGUGUAUAACAAGAUGAGAAACGACUGGAGAACGCUGGGAGAGGUUCCGGUGAGAGCGGACUUUAACUCCGGGUGGGGGAUAGCGUUCAAGGCCAUGGAGGGCGAGCUGUACGUGAUUGGUGGUCAGGACGCUCCUGAUCGGAUCGAGAUCUGGGCCUGGAGACCAGCUCGAGGUGGUGGUGCUCAAACAUCACAGGAGGAACAGGAGGAGCGACCAGUGUGGCGAUACGUGACCAUGCUGGGGACUUUCAUAUACAACUGUGCGGUGAUGGCUGCGUAGAGAAGAGGAAGAUUAAGCCAGCAGCUGGAGCAAACGCAAGGAUUUGAAUGGAUCAAUGAAGCAGCAACAAGCAAGCAAGCAAGCAUCGAUCAGCAGCAGCAGCAGCAGCAGCAGCAGCAGCGAAACUUGGAAGAAGAGAAGAAGAGAUUUGGAGCAUGAGAGGAGUAAAAGUCCGGUGGUGGUGGUGGGGAUUGUUUCAAGAGCUUUUAGCUAUUCUCCUAGCUAGAACAGACAGGGCGUAGGGAAAUCAAAGGCCUCCUCUUUGUUGUACUAGCUAGUCUCUCCUUCCUCUAGGCACAGUAUUUAUUUCAUCCUCCCUUUGGAGCAAUGAUAAGGAGUCAGAGUGGAUUCGAA